UUUGAAAAAUCCCGCCCGGUGCCAGGCGGCUCCUCCCGGCGCAGGGCGGAGCUCUCUCCUGCCUUCAGCUGGAUCAGUGGAGAGUCUGGAAGCGUCGCUUUACACGGCUCAAGGAAAGAACACUAUUCCUAGACCAGCUUUCAAAAAGAAAUUCCGGCUUGUUCCCGAACCUUGGAAUCAGCUUAGAAGAGCAGUUUGGAUGAUCAUAGCAUUGUAGCGCGCGUCCUUCCUCCGGAGAUGUGUUUUUGAGAGUUAGAAGCGGGACAGCGCUGCACACGAAGCCGAGAUGAGCGUGAGCUCCGCGGCGUCCGGCGCGGUGCCCUGUCGCUUCGCCCAUUACUUUGUUGUCUGUGGGAUAGACACAGAGACUGGACUGGAGCCAGACGAGUUAACAGCUUUGUACCAAUGGCUUGAAGCAGACCGCCAAGGCAGGGAUCAAGAUACAGCAGCCACAGGUGAAAACUUUGAGCAAAGUCCCCUGAAGAGGAAAUUCAAGUCCAAAGUUCUGGCCCACUACCCUGAGAAUAUCGAGUGGAACCCAUUCGACCAGGAUGCUGUCAACAUGCUGUGUAUGCCUAAAGGACUGUCAUUCCAGACGCAGGCAGAUCCACGUGAUCCUCAGUUUCACUCCUUCAUCAUCACCAGGGAGGAUGGUUCUCGAACUUAUGGCUUCGUUCACACCUUCUAUGAGGAGGUGACCAGCCCGCAGAUCUGCUCCGACAUGCAGACCCUCUCCCAGAUGCACAAUGCAGAGCAUGCCUCCGCCAACCCCCAGUCCUCCUCCUCUUCCUCCUCCUCCAGCAUGGACUCUCUGACCAGCAGUUUGGACGAGGCUGACUCCACCACCUUCUCAUCCACCUUACCUUCAUCUCGGGCAGCAGGUGGCUAUGACUCGUCACGGGACACCCUCUAUGUGUCCAAAGCUUUGUGUCUGGUCACUCCCAUGCCAUUCAUGUACGCAUGCCGCCACUUCCUGUCACAGCUACACAGGGCUGUUACAGCAACCACUGCCCCCCCACUACCACUUGAGAGCUACAUUCACAAUAUCCUGUAUGAGGUGCCGCUGCCUGCUCCAGGCCGAACGCUCAAGUUCCACGGUGUAUAUGAGCCCAUCGUGUGCCAGAGGCCUGGGCUGGGGGAGCUGCCACUUGCUGACUUCCCCCUUUCAGAGGCUUUCAACCUGCUGGGAGUAGAAAAUCUGGUCCAGGUGUUCACCUGCACCCUGCUGGAGAUGCAGAUCCUCCUCUGCUCACAGGACUACCAGCGGUUGAUGACAGUAGCAGAGGGCAUCACUACCCUGCUGUUUCCGUUUCAGUGGCAGCAUGUCUAUGUUCCUAUCCUGCCAGCCUCUCUGCUCCACUUCCUGGAUGCUCCUGUUCCCUACUUAAUGGGCCUGCAGUCAAAAGAAUGCACUGACCGAUCCACACUGGAACUUCCUCAGGAGGCCAACUUGUGUUUUGUGGACAUUGACAACCACUACAUCGAGCUUCCAGAGGAUUUGCCCCAGUUCCCCAACAAGACUGAGUUAAUCCAGGAGCUCAGUGAGGUACUGCUGAGCUUUGGAAUUUCUGCCAACAUAGGGGCCCCACCAAGAACCCGUACCAGUGCCCCCAGAAACCCUUCCACAUCAAGCAGGGAGUGCAAGACUGUCACCCUUCAACAACUGGAGGAUGACGGGCGUAAUGGCAACCUGGCAGGGGAGGAGCUCACUAUGCUGGAGCUGCUGCAGGGAAAUACCACUUUGGAGAGAUUGCAUGCACUGACCAAACGCACCGGGGUGACAGUGGCCCGCAUGGAUGCCCUUAGGGCUGGCAUUAAAGCUCAGGGGAUUGACAGACAAAGGGCAGCUGAGGAGGAGGAACUAAGGAAUGCCAAGCUGAAUGUCCAGCUGAGGGAAGUAUUCGCCAGCCGCUUCACCACCAUGUUUGCUGACUAUGAAGGAUUUGUCAUUCAGAGUGCGCCAGACCUGGAGUCCUGGCUCACCAACAGGGAGCAAAUGCACAACUUCGAUAAGGCGUCAUUCCUCUCAGAUCAGCCUGAGCCCUACCUCCCCUUCCUCUCCCACUUCAUUGAGACUCAGAUGUUUGCCACCUUUAUUGAUAACAAGAUCAUGUCCCAGUGGGAGGAGAAAGAGCCACUGCUUCGUGUCUUUGAUGGGCGCAUCAACAAGGCUCGACUCUACAAUGUGCGUGCUCCCAGCCUCCGAUCCUCCAACUACCAGAGAUGCUCCAUCCUGAGGGAGUCUGCUCAGGCCAUUGAGCAGCGGCUCAUGAAGAUUGACCACAUAGCCAUCCACCCCCACCUGUUGGACAUGAAGUUUGGCCAGGGCAAAUAUGAGCAGGGAUUCUUCCCCAAACUGCAAGCUGAUGUGCUGAACACUGGGCUGAUCAAUAGCAAGUGGUUCCAUAGGACGGCGACAGCACAGCGAAGGAAAGACCACAACAUACAACAGACAGAGCAUCUGAAUGUUGAUAACGACCUGAAAGAGAAGUACAUGCAGGAGGCCCGCAGCCUGGGGAAGAACCUUCGGCUGCCCAAACUUUCUGAUCUGUCUCCUGCGGUCAUUGCCCAGACCAACUGGAAGUUUGUGGAAGGUUUACUCAAGGAGUGUCGUAUGAAGACCAAGCGAAUGCUGGUGGAGAAGAUGGGCCGGGAAGCUGUGGAGCUGGGUCAUGGUGAGGCCAACAUCACUGGCCUGGAGGAGAACACUCUGAUCGCCAGCCUCUGUGACCUGCUGGAGAGGAUCUGGAGUCACGGGCUGCAAGUCAAACAAGGGAAAUCCGCCCUUUGGUCCCACCUGCUGCACUACCAGGCCAGAGAGGAGCAGCACACAGAGUCAUCAUUGUCACGUGUUGCUGAGAGGAGGUCUGACUGUUCCAUAUCAAUGCCAUCACUCCAUGUUUCUCUACUACAGGACAUGAGUCAUAUCCAGAGUAUGUCAGAGAUUAAGACAGAUGUAGGCCGAGCCAGAGCCUGGGUACGUCUGUCCCUGGAAAAGAAGCUGCUCUCUCAGCACCUCAAACAGCUGCUGUCCCGACAAGCCUUAACCAAGAAGCUGUACAAGCGCUAUGCCUUCCUGCGCUGUGAGGAGGAGAAGGAGCAAUUCCUCUUUUACCUGCUGUCCUUGAAUGCCGUUGACUACUUCUGCUUCACCAGCGUCUUCACCACCAUCAUGAUCCCAUAUCGAGUCGUCAUUAUCCCCAUCAAGAAGCUGAGCAACGCCAUGACCACCUCCAACCCCUGGGUGUGUGUGUCAGGAGAGCUGGGGGACUCGGGUAUCAUGCAGAUCCCCAAGAACCUCCUGGAUAUGACAUUUGAUUGUCAGAACCUGGGCAAGCUGACGACAGCACAGUUGGGUCAUGAUAACGCUGGACUCCUAGCUAAGUGGCUGGUGGACUGUGUCAUGGUGCGCAAUGAGAUCACCGGACACACAUACAGGUUCCCAUGUGGUCGAUGGCUUGGUAAGGGUGUGGAUGAUGGCAGCCUGGAGAGGGUUCUGAUUGGUGAGCUGGUGGUGCCCAGUAGAGACGAGGAUGCUGGGAGAGGCUGCCGUACGCCCCCACUGCAGCAUUGUCCAUCCCAGACCACCGGCAUGACAUCACUGUCUGGACGAGAGUACAAACCAACUUCUGCCCAAAUCCAGGAGGGCAUUGGAGAGGCAGUGAACAACAUUGUCAAACACUUCCAAAAGCCAGAGAAAGAGAGGGGCAGCCUGACAGUGCUGCUAUGUGGGGAGAACAGCUUGGUGGCUACUCUGGAACAGUUCUUUCAUCACGGCUUCAAGUCUGCCCGGCUCUUCCAGAGGACUGUGUUCGUGUGGGACUUUGUUGAAAAGGCUGUUACCUUCCUGCAGUCAGCUGACGUUCAGGAUGCCACAGCACCCCUGGGGUUGUCCUGUCAGUCACUCUGUCACUACAUCAAUGCGAUCAACUCUACUCCCAGGAACAUUGGGAAGGAUGGCAAGUUCCAGCUGCUGGUGUGCCUCGGAGUCAGAGACCGUCUGCUGCCCCAGUGGCUCCCCCUGCUGGUGGAUUGUCCAGUGAUCCUGCAGAUGUAUGAGGACACAGCCCUCCUUAGAGACCACACUACUGUCAGUGCCCUCAUCGCAAUCCUGGAGACUCUUCACAACUUCCCUAUCAAACUGGAAUCCUCACUGAUCAAAGCCAUUGACCUUUAACCCCAGAGGGGGGCCAUUGGGUAGCCACAUAUUUUUCUCCAAUACCUCCUCACUACCACCACCAAUUACAACUGCACUGCUCUAAUGUAGCCAACUGGCUCUGCAAUUAGACAGAUUAGCAGGGAAGGAGGAAAUGACGAACAGGGAACUUUAAGAUUUGGUUUAAUUACCAAAGCAAAAUGUUUCGAUAUUUCAUGUGAGAAUUCAGAUCUUUGGAUUAACUAUAAACCUGGAUGUGGUGACUGAUCCAACCAUGGCCCCCAAAGACUCUUCAUUAGCUCAACAUUUCAAAUACUGCACAUUACAGUGUUUUUUAAACAUGCCAUUAGUUUUCAAAUUGACUUUCUACCUUCCAGGUAGCUUUUUGUUUCGGGCUGAGUCAAAAUAAAAUACAGUUUGUGUUGCUGCCAGGCAGCAAGGGAGUCAAUGUAAAAUUGCAUACUGAUGUGAAGCUAAAGAGAGUGAAAGAUAAGAAAACCACCAGCUUCCUCUGUAGAUGUUUAGUAGAGUUCCCAAGACUUAUUUUGGUCUUGUCAUCCCAUUAAAGGUGCAUCAGCUAACAGCUGGUGUCAGUGUCUUCCCCACUUGGGAAUUUCAGACUUACAUUGGUCAGGAGUUUUUGAAAAGAAAUUAUAGCUGUUCUGUUUUAAGGGAGAUUUUAAGGGUUAAGGGGUUCCUAAAACUGCAGGACACUUCCCUUUAACAGGAGGAAAUAAAGAAUUUGCAGGGGGUUAUUUUCAGGAGUUCAUUGUUAAUUUUCGCUGUGAUAUGGUAUUGCCGUUAUAUAAGUAACCCAUUCAAAAUGUUAAUUGAUUCUGCCACAUGUAAAAGGAACGAUCAAAAUCGUUCUUUUUAUUCCUUAUAUUAAACAAUUGAACCCGCCCCUCUUCCACCACACAAACUGCAUAUGGACUGAAAUACGUUUGGUUUCUUUAAACACAUUUUUGGACAAGGGACUUUGCCACAGAAUUGUAUAAAUGAAGGUGUUAAUAUUGUCAUUAUUACAUGUUCAUAUUUUGAUGGAGGUGUAUUUAUUGUGACUCUGACUUCUAGAUUGAAGAUGAGUUUUAAGAGGACAUAAUCCGGUGAUUUCUACAACCCUAGUAUUGUUGCCUAUUCUAGUAUUGAGACUGAACGACAUGGUGUGUCAUGGUUUGCAUUGUGUCUUUAUUUCAUGUAUUUAUUAUUUUGAAUAUGAAUCCAUGGUGAUCGUUUCAUGUUUGAUAAAGCUUUUAAAGAGAGAAACAUUCAUUUCUAUCAAGCAGUAAUGGUCUGUAAAUGGUAUGUAUUUUUAUAUAUGCACUUUUCUACUCUUCAUGACCACUCAAAGAGAUUUACUACAGGACAUGUUAUUGCCAUUCACCCAUUCAUACACACAUUCAUGCACGGCAGGACUUUUUCUAUGGAGGACAAUUCAGGGUUCAGUAUCUUCCCCCAACCCUUGGUGCUCCGGCUACUGUGCUCUUGAUGGCUCAGCUGCAGGAUUCAUAGCUCCAAAGCACUAUAAUAGAUUCCUCAAUCUCAUACUGGAUUUGUUAGUAUCCAAAUAGUUUUUUCUGAGGACAUGCACUUUGGACUAUUGAGAUAUUCCCCAGACUACCACGGAAUGUGCUUAUUGGGUGUAUUUGUGACAUCAAGAUGUAUUGUCAUGAGUAUCAUGAUUAACCCUGAGUGAAUAGGCUGUAUGGAAAUGCUACUGACUGCUGUGACGGUGGUGGUUGUGUAACCUCCUGAUAGCAAAAACAUCACCAGACAAGAGUUCCAUGUCUGCUUUUGACUACUGUUGUGGCAUUUAUUUUGCCAGUUUAAAUAAAAGCAUGGUGUGUUUAUGUUGCCGUGUGUGUGUCUAUAAACUACAGUAUGUAUGUACCUUGUUUUUUUAAUGGGAAAUAUUAAA